AUGGACUCAGGUUUGAGUCCGAAAUUCUCAGUAUUUUGUAUCGAACAACUGAAAGAAACAUUUCCAUGGACUCUUGAAAGACAUUACGUUGCUCAGUACUUGAAAGAAAGUCAACGAAAUGAGGUUUUCAAUAUGGUCGAUGAAAUCAAGAAGACUGUGAAUGAUUCAUUCGAAAAGCUGACAUGGUUGAAUGACGGAAUGAAGCGCUUCGUGAUUGACAAGAUUUCGAAGAUAAAAACCUUCGCUUUGUUCGAUGGUCUGGAAACAUACGAAGAGAAAGAAAAUCUAUCUACUAUAUAUCGACUACAGUAUCCGAUUGAUGAAAACACCUACAUUAUGAAUGAAUAUUAUGCACGCAGGGCAAAAGUCCUCGACGACUAUCGAAAGGAAGUAUUCGGUCUGGGAGAGAAAUUGAAUGCACAAAGAGCAACUUAUAUACCCUCAGCCUCUUAUUGGCCCACUGAAAACCGCAUAAAUAUUAAUGGUGCCAUGCUAAAUCUACCGAUUUACCGUGAUAAUCAAACUAUUUCGGAAAAAUAUGGAGGAUUGGGUUGGCGUAUAGCUCAUGAAAUAUUACACGCUGUUGAUACAUCCUGUAUACUUAUCGAUGAGAAUGGAAAUGACAGGCCUCCCAAUAUCGCCCGCAAUGAAUUUCUUGCCCUCUUGAAGCAAACAGAAUGUCUACGAAAACAGUACACAAAUUACGAUUAUACGAGUGAAAAGAGUGGAACAAUUCGAGUUCUGGAUGAAAUUCUAUCAGAUAACGGAGGUCUGAGGAUAGCGUACCAGACAUUUCAAAGACUGACGAGAAAUCUUACCAAUGAUGCUGGUGAAAACACGAACUCAUCUUCCACUUCGGAAAAAUCGUUUUUCUAUAAUUUUGCUCAGACAUUUUGUGAAAAGUAUACUGCAGAAGGAAUAACUGAAGACAUGAGUAACUCUGAUCACGUGCUGGGGCAUUACAGAGUAGUCGGUGCCUUGUCGAACAGUGAAAAUUUUGCAAGAGCAUACAACUGUCCAGUGGGCUCACCAAUGAAUCCAAGUGAAAAGUGUCAUGUAUGGUGA